AGAAACUCUACUAAAACUACAUCUUACUUCACUCUUCACAGACCAAACCUACAUUCAAUCCAAAAACAACCCUGACAAUGUCUGACACCGGCCGCAAAGAUUUCUCCACCAAGGCGGAAGAGAAGAUCACGCCUGACUCGUCCAAGUCCACCACCGACAAGAUCAAGGAGACCUUCACGGACACAACAGACAGGGUCUCUGGCGCCGCACAGCCAGAUAGCGACAAGUCCGCCACUCAGCGCGCGUUCGACAGUACUCGCAGCGAGAAGGAUGAUCAGGUUCAUGGAAGUAGCGCGCAGACUGUCGGGGACAAGGUCAAGAAUGCCGUUGGCUUGGGGGGUAAUUAAUCAGGAACGGUGGCUGGAUUGAUAAUGAUGAUAACAUGAUUUAUGGAUUUGAUCAGAUUGCUCAUGGAUUAAUAUGUUGUUGAUAUGGGGCAUGGGACUUUGACGUUCUGUUUAUGGCGGCCUGUUCUUUCGGUCGGCUACCAUGUAGUCGGCUAUAGAUACAGGGCAAUGAGAUAUCACGAUUAUUGAACU